CCAUGGUUUUCAGCAAAUGGGUUUUUUCUCUGAUAUUCAUCUUUCACUUGUUUGGUACAAUACCCACUCUCUCAACUUCUUCCUUGACAGCCAAAGAACUUGCCGAUAUUUCUGCGAAUUUUCUUAGCCAGGCCAAAAGACAAGAGCUUGUGGAUUAUAUGGUAGGUAUUAGGAGGAAAAUACAUGAGAACCCAGAACUUGGAUAUGAAGAAUUUGAGACCAGUAAGCUUAUCAGAGCCGAGCUUGAUAAGAUGGGCAUUCCUUACAAAUACCCACUUGCAGCUACCGGCGUUCUUGGCUAUAUUGGCACCGGUAGAUCACCCUUCGUCGGACUAAGAGCAGAUAUGGAUGCUCUUGCUAUGCCGGAACGUGUGGAGUGGGAACAUAAGAGUAAAGUCCCUGGAAAGAUGCACGCUUGUGGGCAUGAUGCUCAUGUUGCCAUCCUUCUUGGCGCAGCAAAACUUCUUCAAGAGUAUCGGGUUAAUUUGCAGGGAACUGUUGUUCUAUUUUUCCAACCAGCUGAGGAAGGUGGUGGUGGAGCAAAGAAAAUGAUUGAGGAUGGAGCAUUGGAGAAAGUUGAUGCUAUCUUUGGGCUCCAUGUAAACAAGGAUGUUCCUGUUGGUUCAGUGGGUUUCAGGUCUGGCCCUACAAUGGCUGGAAGUGGCGUCUUUGAGGCAGUAAUAAGUGGAAAAGGGGGUCAUGUAGCCAUCCCUCAUAAUACUAUUGACCCAAUUUUAGCAGCCUCUAAUGUGAUUUCUAGCUUGCAGCAUCUUGUUUCUCGUGAAACUGAUCCUCUGGAUUCAAAGGUAGUUACAGUUGCAAAGUUUCAAGGAGGUAGCGCAUACAAUGUUAUUCCAGAUUCUGUAACAAUUGGUGGCACAUUCCGAGCUUUUUCGAAAGAAAGCUUUAUGCAACUCAAGCAAAGAAUUGAGGAGGUUAUCAAGGGAGGAGCUGCAGUACAUAGGUGCAGUGCAAGGGUUGAUUUCCAUGAAGACAAGAAGCCCUUCUAUCCAGUGACUGUAAACAGUGAAGACUUGCAUGAACACUUCCAGAAGGUAGCAGGAGAUAUGCUUGGUGUGCACAACCUGGAAGUGAGACCACCAGUAAUGGGAGCAGAGGACUUUGCAUUCUUCUCUGAGGUCAUACCUGGGUACUACUUCUUCCUUGGGAUGAAGAAUGAGACAAAGGGAUUUCUUGCAAAUAAUCACUCCCCUUAUUUCACAGUCAAUGAAGAUGCAUUUCCUUAUGGUGCAGCACUACAUGCAUCUUUGGCUACAAGUUACCUUCUUGAGCUCCAACCCAAGUCUCAAUUGGGAGAAGGAAAGGUGAAUGAUGAAUUAUGAGGUGAUUCUUACAGUAACAGUGGUUAUGCAAGCGGCUGUUUUCUGUGCAGUUGCUUCCCAUGGUACUGAGUUUUGGUGCCAUGAA